AUGCAAGAUGCACCGAUCUUCCAGGCUGUCGUCCGCAAUCGUUCGCGACCCAGCUCCACCUCUGGGAAUGGUGUCAUGAACACCACUGGCACCUUGGACGAGGCAACCUUCGACCAGCUGAAGUCAGCCAGCCACUUCAGCGACAUCGUCGAGGAGAGGGGGACUGAGGCCUAUGGGAAGCCGGCCUUGCUCUGGGCUUUACGUGACUUUGCGGAGCUUCCUCGCGAUGGGAAGGGCCGGACCUUGUCUUCCGACGAGUACCUGGAGCAGUGCCUGCACGAUUCGCGAGAGCUCUCGAAGGAGAGCGCGCGGAAAGCCUGCGGUGUCCGACAUGGGCUCGUGAAGUUUUUCAGGCAUCGGAGUUGCGAUGUCAUCCCAAGUCCCCAAGCAAGUCGUCUCGAGAGUGCCAGCUACGACUCUUUGGGCAAGCCCUUUAAGGACGCUGUGGAAAAGUUCCGCUCGAAGCUGUUCUCUGCUGGCCUUUCCCGGCCGAAGGCUGUCAAUGGCAAGACGCUGGGCUGCGUGGCCUUCGUGGCCUUGCUGAAGCAGCUCGUAGCCUCCGUGAACGACGGCAGGAUUCUCAGCCUGCACGCAGCCUGGGAGUCGGUCCAGCACACCUCCUGUGGCUCCUUAUCAGAUGAGCUAAGGGGCGAAGCUUCGUCUUUGUUCCAAUCUUUGGCUGCUGGGCGCCCCAUCGAAGGCGGUGCGAAGCUUCCGCUGAGCGAGGAGGCACUUUUUACGGUCGUCCGUGACCGCAAGCGUGCUCUGAAAGCUCAGUGGGAGGAGCGAGCAUUCGGAGAUGAAACGGUUCGCCGCACCUACUGGAAGGAGCUGAAGACAUCCCUCGCCAGGGAGGAGAACAUGGUCAAGACGCAGAAUGCGCGAGUCGCGGACCAGCAACUCAUGGAAGGUGUCAAGGCCUGGCAGGAGUGGCUGGACAAGGACGAGGACACUGGCACAGACGAGAUCUGCAACUUGCUGGGAGUGCUGAUGACGAGAAUGCCUGGCGCUUCCUUGUCCAGGGCCAGCCGGAUCGCCAUCCAGGCGGCAGCCCGGCGCAUGUCUGCUACACGCAGCGCCGUGGCCCAUGCGCUGGAGCGGCAGAAUGACCUGCAGCGGAAGGCUGUCGCAUGGGGGGAGAAAGCUGCGCAGCAGGAGGGCACCGCAAGAUCGGAGCUCGAGACGCAGAAGGCAGCCUUGGAUGAGGCCGUAGAGAGGGCUGACAAAGCCGAACAGGAGUGUGAUGAGUUGACUCAACAAGUCGAGAGCCAAGAGGCGCAAUUGGAUGCUCAGCGAGACAGCCUGAAGGAGGUUAUGCAGAGCCUGGAGGCUUCGCGUUUGCGAGAGCAGGAGCUUCGAGCGCAACAGCGCGUGGUUGGCGACUCGGAAGCUUCCCUUCGGAAGGAGCUGGAGCAGGCUCGAGCUGAUCUCGCCCGUGAGGAUGCAGAGCGCUUUGCUGAGGAGCGUGCUGCCGCAAAUGCCUCAGAUGCCUCCCUGGCCGAGCAGCAGCGGCUAAAGCAACUCCUUGAAGAGGUCGGGCAGAAUAUCGAAGACAUCAAGCUGGAGCUCGGCAAUGAGAGAGAGACUCAUGGCAACGAGAAGCUUCGCGUGCAGCAGGAGCAUGAACAGCGAGUUCAGGAUCUUCGCUCCAAGCAUGACGACGAGAGGACGCUCCUCAGGAGCAAGACGGAUCAAAUCCGCGACGAGCACUCUCGAAUGGCCGAGGAGACGAGACAGCAGCUCGACAACGAGCGGCAUGCCCAUACAAAGACCAAAGACGAUGACAAGGGUCGCCUUUUGGAGCACAGUCGCACUGCGGGCGUGCUCGAGGGGAAGAUCAUUGCCAACACCGAGGAGAACAAGGGCCUGCGCCAGCGACUUCAAGCCCUGGAGGAGAAGGCACACGAGACAGAGUUGGCCAUCCGGCAGUACAUGGAGGCCGGGCAUGUUUUUGAGAAUGGUGUCUCGGUGCUCCUGACUCCUAUUUCUUUGGACGAAGGGGGCACACCGGCGCGCGCUGGUGGGCAGAUUGCUAGUGGGGUGCUGCCUUGUGCGCACCGGCUAGCAUAUGCCACCAAAGGGAAGCUUCACUUUUACCAAGCGCAGGACGCGCUGAUCCAGCUUGCUGAGAGGGUACAAGAUAUAAUCGUGCAGAGGAGGAGCUUUGAAGACGUUACCGAGGCCCACUACGACACGAUUAUAAGGUUCGGCCAGAUUACAGAGCAAGUCGACGUAUAUCACCCUGUGUGGGCAGAUUUGGUCGAGUACUAUCCUGAGUUGUGGGCUGCUUUUUCGGACGUCGCGGAAGAGCCUGCCACUGGGUCAGGAGCUCGCUGGAGGCCGAAAGCCGCAGCAAAGGCAGCCGGGUCGGGGGGUGCUGCUUCAAGCGCACCACAGGAGGAGGAGCAGCCAGCCGAGGAAGCGUCAGGCGCGCCCGCCGAGGGUGCAGCCCCUGGCGCACCGGCGCAGCCGCCCACACCUCCGAAGGCGCCGGCUCUUGGAAUAAGGGGACCCACGCGGGACCUUUAUUACAGGGGCCGGAGCGACCCACUGAGGCAGAGGAGGGUGCCAGCAGAGCCAGAACAGACCGUUGAAGACACUGGCGCGAGAGCAUCAUCCGAGCCACCGGCUGCCGAGGGCGAGGUGGAUCUGUCCAGAGCUGGCGGGAAUCCGGCAGAAGAUUCCCUGCGAUCUGCCAGGCGCGUCCGCACCCCGCCGGCGCGGCGAGCGCAAGAGGAGGCACGCCUGGAGGAGCUUAGGCUCCGCGGCUCGGUGUUUGCCUCUUUUAGGGACGCCGAAGACGCAGAGCCCGAGCAGGCAGCCGGCGAGGAGGAGACCGAGGAGGUAGAGGUAGAGGUCGAGGUUGCCCAAGGUGACGACCGGGGUGCUGCCGAAGGCGCACCAGACGACGAGCCAGCAACCGAAGGCCGACAGGCAGAAGGCGCCGAGGAGGAAGAGGCAGCAGAGGAAGACGAGGCAAUAGACGUGCACCCUGCCUCGGAGGCAACAGUUUCUCCAGCCACUUCGGAAGCCGCAGCCCCAACGCGAGAGAUCCGUGUGAAUCUUGGCAGGGACGACGCGUGGAUCGAUCCCAGCUCCUACCGGGAGGUCUACACAGCUAGUGGGGUCACGCGCACCGGUGACGAAGGAGAGUCUGCCAAAGGCGCGGCAACCACAGCCGAAGCUUCCCUCAAAGGCCAAGAGCAGCCCAAGGCGAGCACAAAGGCUCCACCGCCGAUCGUCACAGGCAAUCGUCAGAAGCUAGCGUACCACGCUUGGGCGCAGCAGACGCGUGACGAGGAGAACGCCGAGGCCGCAGCUUCAAGCGCGGCGGCUGCCAGUUCCACGCAGAGGGUGCUUGCUACGCGCACCGAGGCCACUAUUGUAUUCGACUGGCACCACGUCUUGGACAAGGCCUGGAUCGAGUCCAGAGGUGCCACCUGGGACACCAAGCCUGGUUCCCACGGGUAUUUCAAUACUGAAUUUGUGGCCGCGCUAAAGGAAUUCUGCGAGGAACACAAGCCACUGCGAUUGGCAAUUCUGAGUUACAGCACGCCAUCCACUGCUCCUUGGUACCGCUUCCACUUCCUCGAGGAGGCCCUAGAGUGCUUAAGGGUGGCGUUGCCUUUGAGCAUCAACCUUAGCAUUGGGCAGACGUACCAGCGCACAGGACCGGACGGAAAAGCGCAGCAGUUGUGCCAGAUAGUGCCGCCAGCAAGCGUCGUGAUCGACGACAACCGAGGCAUUAUCAAGGAGUGCGCCAAAACCGGCGCACUCACGGUACAGGCUCAGAAAGGAGGAGGCGUCGACCAGUUGAUCUACGAGCUCAACCAGGCAAGUGCUCUGAUCAGGCGCCGUGGGCGCAACAACCUGCCCACGGCUCGUCACCUCGAGCCCCAAGAGCUGCUAUACGAGAGGCUCAAGCUUCAGGAGGUGAAGCCAUGCCAGGCAUCUCCCCACCAUCAGAAGACCGAAGCCGAAGCCGGUGCCGCCGUGACACACGCCCACCACGCCUCCGGCGUUGCCUUGGGUGCUGCGUCCCUCGCGCACCAGGCUGCAGAGAGGGAACAGCAAACAGCACAGUACCGCGACGAGGCCCAGACGAUUGCACGGGCUGCGCAGGGUAUCGUGGAUGAUGCUAGGUUAGUUGAGGGUGAGGCUAGGGGUUUAUCAGAAGCUCUCCGGCAAGCCACUUUGGCACGGGAGCAGGCUGAGGUCGAUAGGCAGGAAGUGGUCCAGCGUUUGCGCCAACGUGACGCUGAUAUCGUGAGGCUAGCAGACGAGAUGGAGUCGAUGCAGCGGCGUCACGAGGAGGCAAUGGCCGUCAUGGCCGAGCGAUACCGUGAUCUGUCUGCUAAGUUUGUGGAGAGUAGCAACGCCCAAGCGCAGCGCGAGAGCGAUGCGCCCCAAGAGGGUGCAGCCGCUGGCGCACCAGGGGGGGAGGCCAGCCAGAGGGUUGAUGAAUUGGCUAAGUUGGUUUCCGAUCUAGCGAAGUUGGAGUGCCCAGAGCUCACCUGCAACAAAGAUGGAGGUGAUGAUCCAGCCCCUGACGGUGAUGGGGCCGCAGCUUCAAGCGCGGCGGCUCCGAAGACCAAUGCAGAGCUUGAGGAGGACACCAUCAGAGUGAAAUCGCUUUCUGAUUUAUCCUUUCCAAACCCGCCACAAAACGCAGCGCAAGCGAGAGGGUUUGUGAAUCAGACCUUGAUGGCCAUUGGAAAACUCCAGAAGACCCCAGGCGACGAGGUGUACAUCUGGGCACAAGAUUGCCUAAAGAAGGAGCCUGCCGCACUUUGUAAGGAUGGGCGCUUCCCUCGCCUUGACCGCGAGAUCGCCGCUAAGCUUAUCAAAGUGUGUCGCCACGGUCGCUUCGGGUUGCUUUUCCAGCAGAUGGUUGAGUCUGAAAGGCUUCAGUCGGGUGGCAUGCCCAAUGGGCGCUGCAUGCUGCGCGCCAUAUACAGUCACUUCCAGUUGGAACGUGAUCGUAUGGGUAUGUUAGCUGAACGUAACCUCCUGAACAUUAGGAUCGGAGGGGAUGGUAUUUCCCAUCUGGAGGCAUUUCGUGAUAAGUAUCACUACGUCGCCAAUACCGUUCCUGUAGAGGAUCUCCCCAAGGACAGUACGAUCUUCAAUCAUCUGAUCGAUGAGUUCGAAAAGGUUUCAGUUCUUAAGCCCAAGGUAGAGAAGGCAAGGGAAGCGAGACCGGGAUCACACCGUCGCACCGCCGCAUGGUUGUGGAACCGCGUGGACAUUGCAAUCGACUUGCACCAGCAGCGUGUCAAUCGACAGGAGUUCGAUAAGUCCUUGCAACAGAAGCCAGAGACCUUGACUUCCACCUCCCAGCCUUCAAAGCCAAGUGUGCCCGCAACACCCGCACCGGGUGCUGCCGCAGGCGCACCGAAAGGAGGCACUACCGACAAGCCGCCGAAGAAGGAGAAGAAAAAGAAGAAAAAGAAAAAGAAAGACGAGGGCGAACCCGAGGUUGAGGUCCCAGGUGCACCUGCCCCAAAGGGUAAGGGCAAAGGCGGAAAGGGCGGAAAGGGCAACGGAACACCACGAAGCCCAAAAGGUGGUGAUACGACGCCCAGAUCUGCUCAGGCCAAAAGCGCCAGGAACAUGACCCCGGAGGAGAAGGCCAAGACACCGUGUAUGUUUUGGGCGUUCGGCGCCUGCAAAGGCGACCCCUGUCCGUUCCUUCACGACAGCAAGAACAAGUACACUGGUCCUAAGCCCAAGUCACUUGCAAAGCCAGACGCUAAGGCUAAGCCUAAGGCAAAGGCGAAGGCGAACGCUGCAACGGCACCGUUAAUCAAUGCUCUCCCCGCCGAGCUGAACCAGGAUGGCAAGAUCACCUGGCUUUGGGACACGGCAGCAGGUAGGCAUUUGAUAGGUCGCCAGGCGCUUUCCUCCAAAGCCCUUUCCUGUGUCACCCGCUCCGAGACACCUGUUGGUUUUGCCACUGGUGGCGGCGCGCGUGAAGGCACUCACAGCCUCGCGUUUGAGGGCAGCCGGUUGUUACCUUCAGAGGAGCAGGUCUACGUACUUAAGGAGUGUCCGCCAGCCUUUUCUGUAGGUAAAGCUGUCCUUGACGAGGGAUCCUUGUUUGUCUGGGACCCUCGAGAGCACCGUCCGUACUUCGUGAAGAAAGAGGACGUGCACCGCUGCAAGCUUCGUAUCCCGCGCAAAGCGAGGAUCAAUGCGACCAGGGUCGUAGAAUAUGUCCCCCAGUUCGAGGAGACAUUGCGCCCGGCAGUGAGGGAGCAGAGCCCAAGCCUAAGCCCCAUUACUGCAUCGGCAUCCCCCGCGCCGAAGGAUGAUGAUACUGUGUCGUUCAGCGAUUUCGAGGUCGCAGAUCUUGAAGAGGCUGAGGCAAGCUAUCCCCGCACAACCUCUGGCGAUUAUGAUUGGGAAGCCGACGUCGUCGAGAAGCAUGCAGAGAAGAAGGCUGAAGCAAAGCGGCUUUUUCGUGAAGGCGCUGUAGGUGAGACAGCUGCCAGUGAAAGCUCCGAAGAAGAACUUUUUCCUGAACUCUUCAAGGGAAAGCCCGCAAGUACGCAACAGCCUGCCGAAGGCACAACAGCAAAGGAGGCUGCCUCAGGCGCCUCUAGUUCGCGUGAGGGGGCUGCUCCGAGCGCCCCUUCCACAGAGCAACCACCACCGUUGCCGCCUCCUCCAGAGCCCCACUCCAAGACCGAAGAACUUAGAGCCGAAGCCACUUCUGAGAAGCAUCUUAGGACCCACUUUCCUAAGAAUCCCUUCUGUAAGAUCUGUCACAUCGCCAAGACCACCUCAAUGCGUGUGGCUCACAAGCCCGAUGCCAAGGCAGAUGACAUGAUUGAUGUCCCCACUGCUCCGUUCCAACAGCUUGCCACUGAUGAUGUCAUCAUGGCAAAAGGUGAUGAACACCGAGGCAUAGGAACUGGUCUAAGAGCAAACGAGAUGUCGCCGACCUGCCUCAUUAAAUUAGAUGAAGCUGGCGAGUUGAUCGUAGCGGCAGAGGAGGAAAAGGAGUGCUGCCGUGCUAUCCACCUCCAGAGUGGUCUUUUCCUAGGGUGGCGGAUAGACGCAGGCAUGCGCUAUCGCAAUGUUGUUAAGGUUCUUGAUUACAACGACUUUCGUGGUAAACGCAACACGUCUGUCCACGACGUGCCAGAACCUGAGUUGUACAUAGAGGACGGUCCGCCCAUCUUCCCAGUCGCGAAUGCAACCCGCAAGGCGCUUGUAGACGGCUCCACCUUGAGUGCUGCCUCCGGCGCACUGCCCGAGAUCCCAUUGCGGGAGAUUCCCUUUGCUCUUGAAAGCAUCGGGCCGCCGGCGCCCAGAACACCUGGCGUUAGGAAGAAGCUGCUGCAAGGAGGGCUGCGCUUCGCGCCCUGGGAGAGUCACCAGAGACUCCCGCGCUGCCUUGCCACCGUGCACUGCCAGUACCACGCUCGGGGAAAGGAUCUUGAACUCACUGGGUUGUACACGCAAGAGAUGUGUGAGCGCAUCGCCUUUGCCAUCAACCCCAGUAGGGCCUAUAUCUCGGUUCCUGCGAUGCCGAUCUUACCCACUUCCACAACCACUGAACACCGCGAAAAAGAACAGGAACUGAAGCACGUUUCCGCUCUCAGCGGAUACGAGGACCUUGCCGCCGUAAUAGAGUCCGACCAGGAGGCUUCUAAGCUCGUAGAAGAGGUCGUCGACCUUUCCGCCCUUGUGUGUGCAGUUCAUGGCAUACCUAAGGAAGCACCCUCAAAGGAGGUGUCUGCAAUGGUGACGAAACUUCUCUCUCGGGCCGAAAUGCUCUCCUCACCUGAGGCCCUCAAUGCGGUGAAACAGGAAGCAGACGGUCUUCGCGCAGUUCCAGUGUGGGACGAAACGAACCCGCAGGAAUACGCUAGCGUCCAAGCGCAAGCGCGCCGCACUGGCACUAAGGUACACUUCGGCAAGCUGAUGAGCAUUGCGUCCAUCAAGUUUUGGGAACUUGCCAAGCACCUUCAGAAGGUUAAAGGCCGAAUCGUGUACCGGGGUGACUGUGCGAAGGACGAAGAGGGCGCCGCAGCGGUUUACAGAGAGUUAGGUGCAAACCCCACCUCUGUUCAGGGACUUAAUGCCUGUUUAGCUUACGGUAGCUUACCUGGCCAUCAGUCCAGUGCCGCAGACGCCGUCAAAGCGUAUGUGCAAGCUCUUCUUAAAUCCAAGUACCAAACUUGGAUAGAGCUACCACCUGAACUUCGUCCUGCUUGGUGGCGUGAGUGUUUUGCAAAACCAGUAGUGCUGCUUCUACGCGCGCUGUACGGCCACCUAGAAGCAGGCGGACUGUGGGAGAAACACCUUAAGGAGGUUCUUAGGAAUAUGGGUGGACAAGAACUGCCGGAAUAUCCAGGUAACUUUUGGUUUCCUGAGACUAAGCUCCUUCUUUCCACUUACGUUGAUGAUCUUACCCUCUCUGGACCACAGGAGGAGCACCAGCCGUUUUGGGAUGCUUUGUGUAAGGUUGUUGAUGUAGAACCCCCAGAGCCUGUGUAUCGGAUCUUAGGUCGCAAUCAUUGCACUAUCAACGCCGAGCCUGAAGGCACCGAGAAUGCUGCCCUAGGCGCAUUAAGGGGUGCCAUGGCGUUUGAUAUGUUUGACUAUGCGCAACAGACCGUAGACCUUUACAAGGGCCUCACUGGCCUUAAGGCUCUAAAACAUGCUGCCACUCCCUUUGCUCCAGAGGCUUCACUUCCUGUGAGCCAAGAGGAGAUCGCAGGGGAGCUUGCUCCUAAUGCAUGUAAGGUGUUAAUGAAGGCCCUUUGGCUAGGCAGACUUGCGCGUCCUGACUUAGUCAAGCCGAUAGGUGACCUCGCGACCAAGGUGCAAAAGUGGUCGAGGAACGAUGAUAAGAAGCUUCUUCGCCUGAUAAGCUACAUCGAUUCCACUAAGACCCACCGCCUUGUAGGCACUGUAUCGGACGGGCCAAGGGAGCUGCAUCUUGCGCUCUACGUUGAUGCCGACUUUGCAGGGGAAAGGGACGAUGCCAAAUCCACCAGUGGAGGUUUCUUAGUCCUAAAAGGUCCCAACACCUUCUUUCCUCUUGCAUGGGUGUCCAAGCGCCAGACGUCUGUGAGUCGCAGUACCACAGAGUCCGAGAUUGUGUCUUUAGCUCAUAGCCUCUUCCAAGAAGCACUUCCGGCAUUGCAGCUCUGGCAGACUAUCCUCGACUAUCCGAUCAGGUUAGUCAUUCAUGAGGACAACCAGGCUACGAUCCUAGUUGCAAAGAAGGGCUAUUCGCCGAAGCUUAGGCACAUAGCGCGCACCCAUAAGGUCAAUUUGGGUUCCAUCUCUGAGGUGAUUGAUGAGGAUGAUGUAGACAUUGAGUAUGUCGAUACAAACUUGCAGGCUGCCGACAUCUUCACCAAAGCACUUCCACCACAAAAGUGGGAUAAUGCGUUGAAGUUGUUAGGCAUGCGCCAGAAGCUUCCCGAGGUUCUGGUAGACACGAGACAACUCAAGACCAAAGCCGGUAGUGGCCCUACCACCUCUCCCACUUCGGGGUCUAGUCCCAAGUAG